GUGGGAACGCGGGCGGCAGCACCGAAGGCGGGCGGCGGGCCGGGCGCGCACGGCUGCAGGAUGUGUGACCGGAACGGAGGCCGGAGGCUUCGGCAGUGGCUGAUUGAGCAAAUUGACAGCAACAUGUACCCAGGGCUGAUUUGGGAAAACGACGAGAAGAGCAUGUUCCGGAUCCCUUGGAAACACGCUGGCAAACAAGAUUAUAAUCAGGAAGUGGAUGCCUCCAUUUUCAAGGCCUGGGCGGUUUUUAAAGGGAAAUUUAAGGAAGGGGACAAAGCUGAACCAGCCACAUGGAAGACAAGGCUACGCUGCGCUUUAAACAAGAGUCCAGAUUUUGAGGAAGUGACAGACCGGUCCCAGCUGGACAUUUCUGAGCCAUACAAAGUUUACCGCAUCGUCCCAGAGGAAGAGCAAAAAUGCAAAUUAGGCGUGUCGACUCCUGGCUGUGUGAAUGAAGUCACUGAGAUGGAAUGUGGUCACUCUGAAAUUGAUGAGCUGAUCAAGGAGCGUCCUGUGGAUGAGUACAUGGGGAUGGUCAAAAGGAGCCCUUCCCCGCCUGAGGCCUGCAGGAAUCAGCUCCUCCCAGACUGGUGGAUGCAGCAGCCCAGCGCAGCAGGCUUGCCGCUGGUGCCGGGUUACGCCGCCUAUGAUGCACAGCAUUCAGUCUUCUCCCAGAUGGUCAUCAGCUUCUACUACGGGGGCAAGCUGGUGGGCCAGACCACCACUACCUGCCCCGAGGGCUGCUGCCUGUCCCUGAGCCAGCCGGGCCUGCCCAGCACCAAGCUGUAUGGGUCGGAGGGCCUGGAGCUGGUGCGCUUCCCGCCUGCGGACACCAUCCCCAGCGAGCGGCAGAGGCAGGUGACGCGGAAGCUGUUCGGGCACCUGGAGCGAGGCGUGGUGCUGCACAGUAACCGGCAGGGCGUGCUGGUCAAGCGGCUGUGCCAGGGCCGCGUGUUCUACAGCGGCAACGCCGUGCUGUGCAAGGACAGGCCCAACAAGCUGGAGCGCGACGAGGUGGUCAAGGUCUUCGACACCAGUCAGUUCUUCCGAGAGCUGCAGCACUUCUACAACAACCAGAGCCGGCUUCCCGACAGCAGGGUGGUGCUGUGCUUCGGAGAGGAGUUUCCAGAUAUGACCCCAUUGCGCUCCAAACUCAUCCUCGUGCAGAUCGAGCAACUCUAUGUCCGGCAGCUGGUGGAAGAAGCCAUGAAGACCUGUGGCGCUGGGUCCAUGAUGCAGGCUCCCGAGGAGCCCCAGCCAGACCAGGUCUUCCGGAUGUUUCCAGAUAUUUGUGCCUCCCACCAGAGACCCUUUUUCAGAGAAAACCAACAGAUCACAGUUUAAGUCUCUCUCUUGGGCACCCCACCCCGCCCACAUCUCACAGUUCAUUAUUACAAUUACUGUUGUAAUUAUUUAAGGAUAUAGAUCCCUCUGACCUGGGGUGGGAUGCCUCACUCUGCUCUUAAUUUAGUAAGGGCGUUCUCUGAGGGCUCCACGUUCAAAGCGAAGUUGUGUCUAAGUUCUAUCGUUCAGAAGCUCACACCAAGUGGUCUGCAUGGUGUAACUAGAACCUCUGAUUAAAACGUUUGUUUCCUGUAUUGUCCCCUAA